AUGGGGAAGAGCAAUCACACAGUGACUGACUUCAUCCUGGUGGGCUUCACAACAGAUCCUGUGGUGCAGCUGGUCCUGUUUGUGGUGUUCCUUGGUGUCUACUCUAUGACUGUGCUAGGAAAUACCACCCUCAUAGUGUUGAUCAGUAAUGACUCCCGACUUCACACACCCAUGUAUUUUUUCAUUGGGAAUCUGUCUUUCCUGGAUCUCUGGUACUCCUCUGUGUACACCCCAAAGAUCCUGGUGACAUGCAUCUCUGAAGACAAAAGCAUCUCCUUUGCUGGCUGUGUAGCCCAGUUCUUCUUCUCUGCGGGGCUGGCCUACAGUGAGUGCUACCUGCUGGCUGCCAUGGCUUAUGACCGCUAUAUGGCCAUCUCAAAGCCACUGCUCUAUUCUCAGGUCAUGCCCAGCAGGCUGUGUGCAUGUCUAAUAGCAUGCUCAUACCUUGGUGGAUUUAUUAACUCUUUCAUUGUUACCAAAGGAACUUUUGCUUUGAACUUCUGUAGUAACAAUGUCAUUGAUGACUUUUUCUGUGAUAUCCCACCUCUUGUGAAGUUGGCUUGUGGAAGAAAAGAUACCUACCAGGCUGUGCUGUUCUUUGUCCUCGCCUCCAACGUCAUCACCCCCAUUGUGCUCAUCCUGGCCUCCUACCUCUUCAUCAUCACCACCAUCCUGAAGAUCCGCUCCACCCAGGGCCGCCUCAAAGCCUUCUCCACCUGUUCCUCACACCUCAUCUCUGUCACCCUGUUCUAUGGAUCCAUUCUCUACAUUUACUCUCGUCCACAGUCAAGCUAUUCAUUGGACAGGGAUAAAAUAGUUUCUACGUUUUACACUGUAGUGUUCCCAAUGUUGAAUCCUAUGAUCUACAGUCUGAGGAAUAAGGAUGUGAAAGAAGCUCUGAAUAAACUCCUCAAAUAA